AUGCCGCCAAAGACCAUUACGGAGGAGAUCGACGACGACGCCGACGAUGAGAUCAACAGUGAGACCCACGACGACACCAACGGCGACAUUGAAGACGAAGACGAACUUGGCAUCUUCCCUACAAACGAUGAGCUUAUAGCAAUCGCAGAAGAGGAUCCCACGUCCGCAGCAGGGCUCGCAUACCAGACUCCCUUUGGCGCUUUGCUCUGGCAAUUGACCCAUCGUCACAACACCUGGGUUAGUCCCAUACUGUUCGAACACAUGACGAAGCCCGCAGAUACCAGCUCGUUCCUGGGCUACCCUACAGCAGGCCCCCUACGGAAGCAUUAUUACCUCACAGCAGGCUUCCACUACCAUGCGCAACUCUACUACGAUGCUAUUAGGGGCGAUUCCAGUGCACCAAGCGGCAGGCCAGUAGACACAAUCUUCACCAAGCCUCAGCUCCGCAUAAGCGAAGAGUUUCCGCCGCACCUGAGCACACGCCUCCGAGGCUACGAGAAGAGUGAGGACAAGGCAAAGAGCCCAAGCGAUACUGUCCUCGAUGUUUCAAAGGUCUUGUACGGUUUGAGCGCCAUGACAGACAAGACAUUGCUCCCAGACAAACCUCGCUCAAGGAACAGGUAUAAAAGAUCCGACCGCCCUCGACGUCCGUUCAUCGUGGACGGCUUCAGACGCGAUGGAGCUGCGCUUGUCGCCUGA